AUGACAGGCCCAGGCACCAUUCCUAUUCCACUUCCACUUACUUAUGCCACUAGAAUCCGUCGUGUCAAAUGCGACGAGAAUAAGCCUUCCUGCAAACGUUGCACCUCAACGGGUCGCCGGUGCGAUGGUUACGCCAACCCUAAACAGCCAUCUCCGGCCGGAUACUGGCUGGUAGGAGCUGGACAAGCUCGGCCAGAAUGUGAACAAAAAUCCAGAGCUUCAUUCCAAUUCUACUACGAAGUAUUCGCACCCAUUUUGUCUCCGCUUGGAACGAACAAGUUUUGGGGUACGAUCGUUCCAGAAGCUUGCAGUGCUCACGAAAGCAUUAAACACUUGGUGAUAGCUACCUCAAACCUCAGACCAUUGCCUUUUCUCAACCAGGCCCAAAGAGAUAUCAUGUUCCUUGUCCAUUACACAAAAGCACUACGGCUUUUGCGUGAUACCCGGGAUGCUAGUGUUGUCGUCAUCCUCAUUGGUUGCAUCCUUCUAGCAAUUUGUGAUGAGAUCCAGCAGCAAACGUUUGGUUCAAGUCCGCAUAUAUUGUUUGGUCAGAAAAUCCUGACCAGCCAUCUCAACGGGUCUGGGGAUUCCCAACGGCUUUACGCAAUUGAUGAGAUCUCUUUGGUCUUUUCCCGCUUGAGUGCGCCUCGGAGGUUCGAAGACACCCAACAGAUCGCAUCAAUGUAG